AUGUACAAGCGGCAGUCCCUGCCGUCCACCUUCUUCCGCAUCAACGUCGUCGGCUCCAAGACAGACAUCAAGCAAGCCGCGCCGCCGCCGCAGCAGCAGCAGCAGCAGCAGCAGCAGCAGCAGUUGAAGACCCGGCCGCGGACUUCCCCUGGGAAGCAGCAGGAGCCGGCAGCAGCCAGCGCGGCGGCGGCGGCGGCGGCGGCGGCGGCGGCGGCGGCGGCCGCGGUGGCGUCGCCUGUGCAGAGGCUGUAUGAGCUCGCGGUGGAGGUGUGGGGCGGGCCCCCCGAGGGCGCUUUCCGCCACACCAAGGUGGUCUCCAUCAAGUCAAAGUACAUCCUCCUCAACGACACCGGCCUGGGCAUAGAAUUCAAGCAGAAGGGCACGCCAGACCCGGGGGACGCGCGGUACCUGGCAUACGGCGACAGCCGGCGCUUCGCGGGGCCGCUGCAGCCCUCCGAGAGGUGCGCUCUGCACUGGGACAACGCGGGCGAGGCGCGGGAGCUGCAGAUCCGCCCCCUGGGGCCCGGCUGGGAGUGGAGCGGCGCGUUUGCUAUCCCGGAGCGCGAGGAGUACGUCGGGCUGCGCAUACGCAACAGCCUGACCAUGGCGAGCGUCAUCCUGCCAGUCAACACCACCGUGGGGCGCUCGGGGGUAGUCCUCGUCACGCUCAAGAGCCAGCGCAGCAUACCGCCCAUCAGGCAAGCCAAGGGGCGCCCACGCGCCCCCUCCGCCUCCAUCGCCCUGCUAGAGGGGAUGCAGAGGGGCUCGAUUGAAAACCGCUGCAAGCGCGUGGUGGUGCGGCUCAAGCAGGGAGGGUGGCGCCCGCCGGUGGAGGGGUACGGCAACCCCUUCAACCGGCGCGUGUGGGACGCACUGCCACCGCACGCAUCGCUGCCAUACGCCUGGGACCAGCCCAACGGCAAGCACACCAUUGAGGUCGCCGCCACGCUGCUCGCCGCCGACCCCGACUUCUCGGCGGCUGCCGGGCAGCCGGGCGGCAGCUUCCUCAUGAGCGCCGCCGAGUACAAUCUGGAUGAGAUGAAGACUCACAGGGUGCUGCACGUGGUCAGCGCAGUAGCGCCCGGCCAGCAGCAGCAGCAGCAGCAGCAGCGCAGCCAGCACAACAGCCAACAGCCGCCCUCCCAGCCGGCGUCCCCAACUCGCAUGCCGCUGCCGCCGGACGCCCUCCUGCCCCCGGCGCGCACGGGCGGUGCGCCGCCACACGCGCCGGCCGGCGCCGGCGGCGCAGCGGCGCGGGCGCUGGCGGGCGCGGCGUCGGUGGGGCCAGGGCCGGGGGCGCCGGCUGGGGAGGUCACUGGGAACGGCCUGGCGGCGUUCUCGCCGGCGGCGCUUGCCACCACUGCGGCCAACGCCCUCGUCGAGCUGGGCAGCCGCGGUGCAGGGGCGCUGGCCGCCCUCGCGCAGCCGCUGGGCAGCUCCUUCGGCCUGCUGGGCGGGCCCUCGGGGCCGGUGGAGGCCGCGGCGGGCGCGGGAGCCCCUGGGUUGGGGCCGGUUGAUGCGGAGGGGUUUCUCCUUCACACUGAGUCGCACAGGCCGGGCGGCGGCGGGCUCAGCGGCGCCGGCGCGGGCUCGCUGGCGCCAUCGCGGCGCGCCCCAGGGGGCGACGCCCACGACGGCCCGACGCGCGUGCUGUGCUUCAGCGACGAACCCUUUGCGGGCGGCACGGCGGAGGAGGGCGUGCUGCAGGCGACGGGCUACCGGCUGCAGCAGGUGGCGCGGCGCCUGCGGCAAGUGGAGAAGCAGCUGACUCUUGUCAUGGGCCCGACCGCGGUCCCACGCGCCGCCAUGGCACGCGCGCCCCCGCUGGUGCCGUUCGGCCCCUCGCCGCCGCCGGGCGCAGCGGGGGCGCACCACCACGCGCCCCUCCUGCGGCAGCAGCAGGCGCUCGCCGCGCCCGCCGCGCUCCGCGCGCUCUCCGGCGCCGGCGACCGCGACGGCGCGCCGAUGCCGCAGCAGCUCCUGGCGCUGCCGCCGCCGCCGCCGACGGGCAUGGCUGGGACCCUCGCCGGCCACGCGCCGCCGGCGCCCCAGGCGGCCGCGCCCGCGAGCAGCGGCGGCGGGGUGCAGCGGCUGCAGCUCGACAAGCUGCUGUCUCUCCUCGAGAGCGGCCUUCCCCUGGGCGGCGACCUGAAGGUCCGCCUGCUGGCCGCGCGCGGGCUGGCGGGCGGCGCGGACCGCCACACCAACGCGUUCGGGCGGCUGGUGGUGGGCGGCGCGGGCGCGCAGAGCCCGCCGGUGUGGGGCAGCAGCGCGCCGGCCUGGGACCACGAGGAGACGUUUGAGGAGGUGCCGGCCACCCUGGAUCUGGUGGUGGAGAUCUGGAGCCUGCCCGGCAGCGGAGCGCAGCAGCUGCUGGCGGCCGGCCCCGCGGAGCUCUACGCGGCGUCAACCUUUUUGGGCUGCGUCACGGUGGGGGGCCCCGGGGAGGGGCUGCCUCAGGGGGCCUGGGCAGGCUGCAGCGGCGGCAGGGGCGGCGACAGGGGCAACGGCAAAGGCAGGAGGUGCGGCGCCCCCUCCGCCGCGGCCGCUGCCGAGGAGGGCGGCGCCGCCGCCGGCGGCGAGCCGCGGUGGUACCUGCUGCAGCGCCGUGCAGGGCACCAGCGCGUUAGUGGCCAGGUCAAGCUGUCCUUUGAGUGGACCUUCACCCUGGACGGCCUGCUCAGCCUGGAGGUGGCGCAGCUGGAGCAGCUGCUGCGCCAGAAGCUGGAGGUCCUGGCGAUACUGCGCCCACUGCCGGCGCGGCGCGUGGCGGAAAUCACAGAGGCGUUUGCCGCCCAGCAGGCCGCCGCGGCCGGCGCAAGGAGCGGCAGCCCCCGCAGGCGGGGGCCCGUGUACAGGGCUGGUGCUGGGGCGGUGGAGGGCGCCGGCGCGCUGCAGGCGGGCGGCAGUGGUGAUGGCAGGGAGCCUGAGGAUGAAGAUGAGGCCGUGGCUGCAGGCGCCCGGCCGCGCGGCGGCUGGGACGCGUUUUCCGGGCUGGACCUGUCCAUCGGCGACAGCCACGUCAUGACGCUGGAGGUCGAGGUGGUGGAGGUGCGCGGCCUCGUGCCGCGGAGCGGCUGGCAGCAGGGCCUGUCGCACGCGCUGGUCGGCAGCGGCAUGGCCACAGGCGGGCUGGAGCCCUCGGCGCGCGUGCAGGAGCUGCCAGUGCCGGUGGUGCAGGUGUUCUGUGGGUCGGUGGGCUUUGAGGUCUGCGCGGACGGCCCCACCCUGAACCCGAUGUUCGGCAAGAACGGGUAA